AGAAGGCACACUGAAUACUGUUCCCUCAGAAGCUGGGAUUCAUAUUUCUAAGAAUUAGAAAAGAGCCAAGAACUGAGAACAACAUUUCACGGUGGUGCUUGACGUGGAGACAUCAGCACAAUGAGGAACUCUUGUACAUUUCUGGCAUUCUCUGUCUCGACUGCCAUUUUUCUCCUACAAAUUCCUGAAGGUUUCUGUGUAAAAAUCAUUGGAGGAAGUGAAGUGUAUCCUCAUUCAAGACCCUACAUGGUCCUCCUUAAAGGAAAAAUAAUCUGUGGUGGAGCUUUGAUCGCACAAGACUGGGUAUUGACAGCAGCUCACUGUCUCCUGAAUGGCAGGUCCCAGGUCAUUCUUGGUGCUCACUCAGCAACCAAGAAUGAGCCAGAAAAACAGAUAAUGUUCGUUAAGAAAGAGUUUCCCUAUCCGUGCUACGACCCGGACACAAAGGAGGGUGAUCUUAAACUUCUACAGCUGAACAAAAAAGUCACAAUUAAUAAAAACGUGUCUAUCCUUCGUCUACCUAAAAAGGGGGAUGAUGUAAAACCAGGAACAGUGUGUAAAGUUGCAGGGUGGGGGAAGUUUCACAAUAAGUCACCUCGGUCUUCAGACACUCUGAGAGAAGUCAACGUCACCGUCAUAGAUAGAAAAAUCUGCAAUGAUGAAAAGCACUAUAAUUAUAAUCCUGUGAUUGGAUUGAAUAUGAUGUGUGCUGGAAGCCUCCAAGGUGGAAAAGACUCGUGUAAUGGAGAUUCUGGAAGCCCUCUGAUAUGUGAGGGUAUUUUCAGAGGCAUUACUGCCUUCGGCCUUCAAGGAAAAUGCGGAGACCCACGAGGACCUGGUGUCUAUAUUCUUCUCUCAAAGAAACACCUCAACUGGAUAAUUAAGACCAUCAAGGGGGCAGUUUAGAUAACUGCAUUUUGUCUACAGUCAUUCUUUAAUUUUAUCAUGAAUAAAAGCAAUUU